AUGGAGUGGAUCUCGAAUGGAAUCAGGAAAAUUGGACACCGUCAACUGCGACCUGCACGGUUCAAGGCGGAAUUGCCCUCAUACCCAGAUAUCGCCGGCAAUUCUGCUUCUCCAGAAACCCACACUGUCACCGUCACUGACACUGCCACUGGAAUAUCUGUUACACCUACCAGCGAGCAGAAACCAACCUGUCUCGUUAGCAUUCAGGAGUCGGAGAGGGUGAUUGCCGCUGAUGUGCUGAGUGAACGUGCGCGGGUGGUACAAGGGUCUGGUGCGCAGGGAGAAGUUGAGGGCAUCUUUGAGACGGGCAUCUUUGAGGCUCCGCGUGUGAGAGUGACGACGUAUGAUGAGAUGGCGAGGAGAGGCGGUGGAUGGCGGGGAAAUGGGCGGUCAGGACGCCCAGGCACUAUUGUGGGACGACGGUGA